AUGGAUUAUAAUACUGUAGACACCCAUUCUCAACUAACUCAACAUGUAAUUCGAACAAAAAGAAACAUUAAAGGCUGGUAUUUCUAUUGCUUUUCAAGCGAACCAUUCGUAGUGUCUGCUGUGGCAACUUAUAUCCCAUUAUUACUAGAGAAAUUUGCAAGAUUAAAUGGAGUUAAAAUUAAUAAUCAUUCUAUCCCAUGUAUUGAUCCACAUACUCUUUAUAACUUAUCUUCAAAUGAUACAAGUAAAUGUGUAGUACCGAUUUUCAAUGAUCGGAUGUUCAUUGACACUUCAAGUUUCCCAUUAUAUGUCUUUUCAAUAAGUGUUUUAUUCCAGACUGUCCUUGUCAUUACCGUGUCAGGUUUAGUCGAUUUACGUGAUUCACUCAAAUUUAAAAAAUGGACUCUAAUAACAUUCGGAGUCAUUGGAUCAAUAUCAACGAUUUUCAUUUCAAGACUAAAUUCAUCACAAUUAUAUACAUUACCCACCCUAUAUAUAUUGGCAAAUUCAUGUUUCGGUGUCAUUAAUGUCGUGGGUAACUCUUUAUUACCAAGACUCAUUCAUGAUUCCAUUAAAUUCUUACCUCAUUUGAAAAAGGAAGAUACAGAUAAUCAAACUACUAUGAUAAGUGGUCGUGGUGCUAGUCUCGGUUAUUCAAGUGCCUUAGUUGUACAGAUAAUCUCCAUUUUCCUAGUGAAAAAUAUUAGAGACAACAACGCAAAAUUGAUCGCAAGUGCAAACGCAACCUCUACAUCAUUAUCUCAACCGAUUAUAAAUGUUGAUCCUUUGAAAGAUAUUCAAAUACCUGUCUUAUUCGUCGGUAUUUGGUGGUUCUUUUGGCAAUUGCCAAUGAUAUGGUUAUUAUCAGAUUUAACUUUCCUAUCUACAUCUACAUCAUCACAUGUCAAUAGGGAAUCAUCAGCUUCAAACUUAAUUCAAUCACAAUCACAAUCACAAUCACAAUCACCAUCACCAUCGCCAUCACGUCCAUCUCCUUAUUCUACGAAAGAGGAAGAGUUCUCGUUGUCCUACGGUUGGUUGUCCCUUUGGGAAUCUUUUAAACACGCUAGAUUACUUAAAGACGUCAUGAUCUUUCUUUUAGGUUGGUUUAUAAUUAGUGAUUCAAUAACGACAAUCAAUUCUACAGCAAUCCUAUUUUCAAGAACACAGUUAGAUAUGUCCACUUUACAAUUAAUAAUAGUGAGUAUCUUAACUAUGAUAAGCGCAAUGAUAGGCGCAUUUAUGGUCCCACAAUUCUUAUCCAAAAGAUUCCAUUGGUCACCUAAAAAAAUAUUGUUAUUUUUGAUUUUAUGGGCAACUUUCAUCCCGUUCUAUGGUAUCCUUGGAUUCUUCUUUAAUUCCAUUGGUUUAAAGGAAAAAUUCGAAAUGUUUUUAUUAGCCAUUUGGUAUGGUCUUUCAUUAGGUGGAUUAUCUGCCGUGUCAAGAUCGUUAUUCACUUUAAUCAUUCCAAAGGGGAAAGAAUCAACCUUCUUCAGUAUGUUUAGUAUAACUGAUAAGGGUUCCUCCAUUGUGGGACCUUUCUUAAUUGGCUUAGUUACAGACAAGACUCACAAUAUUAGAUAUUCAUUUUAUUUGCUAUUUACAUUAUUGAUUUUAUCUUUACCUAUUAUUAAAUCUUUAAAUUUAGAGAGAGGGAAAAGAGAGGCUCAACAAUUGAGUAAAUUUACUCCUCAUCAUGAACAUAAUGAACGAGUAGAUUAA